CGAAGUGCGCUGAAAUUAUUGUGACAGCUUUCCCUCAUACCGAUAAUGUGAAUCUGGUGGAACUCUUCGACAAUUGUUUAUCAAGAAGUGAUUUCGACAUUAUUAUACCUACUCAUUAUCCGGAGUGGACGAAACCUUAUCACCUAAGCCUGGAAGUUAUUGUUGAUUGAAUUUAACUUAGUGAAUGGAUUCGUCUGAUAGAAUUCACUUCUCUUCGACCAUGUGUAAACAAUGACAUCAAUUUUAUUUUUACAACCUCUUCAGCAGCUUUCCUUUCAGCCAAUUGCUAAUAUUCAAUUUUUUUUAAAUAACCGAAGAUAAGCGUGGCUCGUGAUAAUAAAGCUAGAUAAUGUCGUGGUAAUAUACUCUGGCCACCAACGUAUUCUAUCCACCACUUCAUUCUAAUCGUUUAGCACGAUCUGACAUCUCGAAAUCUCAGUACACUUUGACUUUUCAAAUUAUAAAUUCUCGCCCGUUCCGCCGAUCCCUGUGCGCAUCUUGAUGUAAAGACACGCAAACUUGGUGACAUCUCUAUGUUCUUCUGAAUAAAACAAGAACAGUGUGAAACAAGUGCUAAUACAUGGAGAGUAUCGGAAUCGUUAGUGGCAGACCAGUGCCACAAGACACUAAAAAAUUAUGGCAAUACUCCGCAGCGAUUUCUGCUUGUUUGCUGGCUUUGGCUACUGGCAGUGUGUUGGCCUGGACUUCGCCAGCUUUACCGCAACUGAAGGACCCGAAUGGUUGGCUUUUCGUGAACACCGAACAAGGAUCCUGGAUUGGUUCCAUAUUGUCAAUUGGUGCUAUAAUAGGGGCUGUGCCAGCGGGUACCCUAGCUGAUAAAAUCGGCCGUAAAAAAACGAUUUUGGCAACAGCGGUCCCUUACCUACUAUCAUGGAUAAUCAUCAUAUUUGCAAGGAGCGUGGCGCUUUUAUGUCUGGCCAGAACUUUGGCUGGGAUUAGUGUGGGAUUAACUUGUGUUGUAGUCCCCAUAUACAUUGCCGAAUUUGCAGAGCCCUCGAUAAGAGGACUGCUGGGUUCUAUCUUUCAACUCUUCCUAUCCGCGGGUAUCCUAUUCGGAUUUAUUUUUGGCACAUUUUUAAAUUACACCUGGUUUGCCGUUAUAUGCGCCCAAAUCGAGGUUGUUUUUCUCGCUACCUAUAUUUGGAUGCCUGAGUCUCCACAAUGGUUAAUGGGUCAAGGAAGAAAAUCAGAAGCUUUGAGAUCGUUGAGCGUGUUCAGGGGGCCGAAGUAUGAUGUGAACGAAGAGUUGGCUAGUAUACAAAAAAGUGUGGAAGAGGCAGCUUUGCGAAAGUCUUCAGUGCUGGAUCUCGUCAAGACACGUGGAGCUCGCACUGCCCUUUUUGCCGGUCUGGGAAUGCUAGCCUACCAACAAUUGACGGGAAUUAACGCUGUCAUUUUUUAUACUGAAGAAAUCUUUGCAGCAGCUGGAAGUUCUCUCGAUGCUGACGUAGCUUCUAUUAUUGUCGCUUUUGUACAGACUUUCAUGGCGUGUGUGGCGGCUGUUAUAGUCGACAGAGUUGGAAGACGAGUCUUGUUGAUAGUGUCGUCAUCUACCUUGGCACUGUGCUUGUUCCUGCUUGGUCUCUAUUUCAAGCUAGAUCUGAAUGGUAUAGGAUGGCUGCCACUUGUGUCGUUGACUACUUUCAUGAUCGCAUUUUCACUAGGUUAUGGUCCUAUUCCAUGGAUGAUGAUGGGGGAAUUAUUUCCUCCGGAAACGAAAGGCACCGCGUCUGUUCUAGCGGUGAUGGUAAAUUGGAGUACUUCGUUUCUUGUGACAAAAUUUUUCUCGCCCUUGAAAGCCACCUUUGGUGAAGGUAUAACCUUUUGGAUAUUCACCGUACUUAUGGUAUCGGCCACUAUUUUCGGAUACUUUAUCGUGCCCGAAACAAGAGGAAAGAGCUUGCAACAGAUACAGGAUGAACUCAACGGUAAAAACAAUUGUCAAACGAGAAACAGUGAAGUUGCUUGAGAUAUUCACAGAAAACUUCGGAGUAAAAUAAAUGUGUUCAUUAGAUUGUUACAAUUGUUGUUAAACUUGUUACUCGCGUCGUACGAGAAAAGAAAAGUUAUGAAAUUCAUCCGAUCAAUUAAUAAUUAAUUCGGCAAUAAGAGAUGGUUUGUAUUCAGUGGUUUGGUGUCAAUCGACUCUCGUUGUUGCUGAUGUCUAUUAUGUGGUUCAAGUCUCCGAUAGAGUGGAAUUAAUAUGAGUUGUUUUGUCCUCCGUUUCAAGCUCGGAUUUUCAGUAAUAAUCUGAACUUUGUUUUCUGAUUUAGAAUUCUGCAUAACUAAGUAACACUAGAAAUCUUUGAUUUUAAUUUUAACGUUCCAUAACCUUCUACGAUGUUGAACAAAAUUUAGUGAUAUUAAAUCUACACUUUCGAUGUUAAGGAUAUCUCUGAGUUUGUGGAAAAAUUUAUUUUUAGAUUGUACGAAUAUUAGUGUACAUCGCUAAAGAGAGUAACACUUUGAAAAAAAAUUUCAACGGGCGAUUAUGUGAUAAUGGAAUAUUUGAUCGAUUCGGUUUUAUUACCACAGAUUACUAGUAUUUUACAGUUCAAUCUUUUGUAGUUUGAGGUUCAUGCGAUUCCAUCUUACGUAGCUCGCGCCCAUAGAAGAAAUAAUGGUUGUCGUAGAGUCUGGAUCACACCGUUCAUCAAAAAUUUCUCCAAUAUGUAUGGAAUUUUACGAAGUAAUGUAGUUUGAGCACAAACUUAUAAUAUCUAGAAAUAUGGUCUGGGUUUUAUGUGUUUGAGUGCAAAUUACAUGUUUUUAUUGUGAAUUUUCCCCAAAAUUUGUUCGGAAAAUA